AUGAGGACAAAGGAGGCUGCUGAGGUUCAAGUACCAACCCAAACCCACCAAACCCUUUGCCUCCAGGUUACACUACUCCAGCAGCAAAACUUAGAAGAGUCUUCAUUAAAAUUAGAUGUGGGGCAUGUGGAAAAGAAGGCCACAAUCGAAGAGGAUGUGGAAGACAGGUUGAGGCAACCCAAAAUGGGAAAGUUGGCCAAAAUGAAGUUCAAGCAGUUGACAAUGGGAAUGCAAGCCAAAAUGAUAUUGCCUCAGCCCAAACUAAUGCUGCCCGGCCAAAACUGA